AUGAAUUCCCCUCUCCCCUGCUGCUGGUUGACCACAGGCCUGGCAGAAGCCCAGAGUAUAAGGACGUGUAGUGUUUCUAAAAUAGCCGAGCCAUAUCGCAACCUGAAGUCUCAGCUGAGAAGUGACGCGGACCAGUUCCAUCCCCAACAUCACCACCACCACCACCACCUCCACCAAGGCGGACAGCCGGAUUCACUGAAGCUGGCAUCUCCAGAACUAGAGAGACUCAUCAUCCAAAACAGCAACGGGGUCAUCACCACUCCCACCCCGGGCCAGUACUUCUACAACCGGGGUAUAACGGACGAGCAGGAAGGCUUCGCGGAGGGGUUUGUCAAGGCGUUGGAUGAGCUCCACAAAAUGAACCAAAUGGCACCACCGAAUGUAUCGCUGGGAGCCGGGGGCGUCACAACAUGUUCUGCAGCGGCCUCUAGCGUUUUCGGCUCCACACUGCAGCCAGAGCCUCCAAUUUACACCACGCUGAACGCCUACUGCCCCAACACCAGCCUCUCCACCGCUGCUUCGAGCUACCCCACCGCCACCAUUAGCUACCUGCCACCGCACCAGCAACACGCACACUCGGCGCCCUUCCAGCCCGCGCACCCCGGGUCUGCGCUCCAUCCACAGCGGCUCCUCACGCUCAAAGAGGAACCGCAGACCGUCCCGGACCUCCUCAGCAGCGACGGCUCUCCGCCAAUGUCCCCGAUCGACCUGGAGACGCAGGAGCGAAUCAAAGCCGAGAGGAAGAGGCUGAGGAACCGACUGGCCGCUACUAAAUGUCGGCGACGCAAGCUGGAGCGCAUCGCCAGGCUGGAGGACAAAGUCAAAGUGCUGAAAAGUGACAACGCGGGGCUGUCCAACACGGCGUCGGUGCUCCGGGACCAGGUGGCGCAGCUCAAGCAGAAGGUCUUGACGCACGUAAGCAGCGGCUGUCAGCUCAUGCUCACCAGUAAAAUGGAGUCAUUUUAA